UUUGACACCGGAGCUGAGUGGCUCACUCAGUCCAAUCUCUCACGGAGAACAGGAGAGUAUCGCCCCGGCGGACAGUUGCGGUGGUCGGCCCCUCUGGCUCGGAUAUUUCUCGUUUUUCUUCUGGACUUGUUGGGUUACAGAUAAAUCCCGGGAUGCCUUCAAAUAAAAAUACUCAAGGAGGGAAAGCCUUUGGCUUCUUAAAGGAGCAGCAGAGGCAGAAAUUGGAGGAAAUAAACCAGGAAUACCUGGAAGACCAGAAAUACAGGGAUGAAGAAGACCUGGCGGAAAAACUGGAGAGUCUUAAAAAUAAAUAUGCUGAGUUUGACCUGAACGACCAGGGAGAGAUUGAUAUGAUGGGUCUGAAGAGGAUGAUGGAGAAGCUCGGGGUGCCAAAGACCCACUUGGAGUUGAAAAAAAUGAUCGUGGAGGUGACGGGCGGCAGCAGCAACACUAUCAACUACAGGGACUUUGUGAAGAUGAUGCUGGGCAAGCGCUCCGCUGUGCUCAAACUGGUCUUGAUCUUCGAGGACAAAGCCAACGCCUCUCCCUGCAAACCAGAAGGACCCCCUCCAAAGCGGGACAUUGCUAGCCUGCCUUAAGCGCGAGAGAAGAAGAGGGUGUCAUCUGCGUGAAAUUGAGUCGUUCUCUUAACAUGUGGAGUGUUGUAUUAGUGUGGGACCAGUGAUUUGAGGAUGUUAUUUUGUGAUAUACGGUGUGUGCAAGGUUUCUGUUAUUUGGAAGACAAGCCCACAACUCACUAAAUGAUGUUUGACUGUGAAUAUUAUCAAUCAUCUUAUUUUUUUAAUUAGUUUUUUGUUCCCUUUUUAAAAUGUAGCAUUGAUAGUUGUCCAUGUAACCUGCUUGAUAAAUUACAUUUUUGUAGUAAGUGUUUAUAUUUUAAGGGAAUUCUCCAGAGGCGUUUUUUCCUUCCUUGUUUCUUUGCUUCGUGUUUGGGACACAUUCAGUAGGAUGCAUUUAGGGGAAGCACAAGAGAAAAGAAGCAGUUUUUUUUCCAACACAUUUUUGCACUGUCCUCACUGGUCUCGGAUGGAUUCCUGCCAGGCUAAUCUUGGUCAGCGUCUCGCUUUAGAUCAGGUGCCAGAGAUUACAGACCCAGCCCAUUUCCUCUGGGUAAAAGUCGUCAGCCCUCGGAGCCGCAACGCUGAUCUGGAAUCAGUUAAGUAGGUUAUCGUGGCCACCUCAUGAUCUGACAAAAAAAAAAAAAGAUUUUUUGUAAAUGUCUGUACUGCUUUUGCGUUUCGAAUAUUCAGCUGAGAGAAGAACAAACGAUCAUGUUGACCAUGGGACUUUCAGUUUCAGUAUGUGACUCGAGGAACAGUGAAUCCGACUCGGUUUUACAUCUGUAGGGUUAGAGCACAUGUUAGUUUUUGGAAGGAGUGUGAUUUACAGGCACGGGAGCAUAACAAAUGUACAUAAAAUAUACUUCACACAGUACAAUCAUAUUCUUUCCAAGUGCCUCAACAUGCAGAUACUGUAGAGCUUAAACACAGAUUGAAAAUAGGGAGUGUUCAGUUCAAGCAGUCCUCUUAGCUCACUAACUCCAGAAAACCUUGAUGAUAAUGUUCUUUUUGUUAUUUGGUAAGAUAGUUUUGAUGAUGUUUGUUGAAUUAUAUUGAUACGGUGUUUCCAUUCUGAGUGAGUGAAUUUUUAAAAGUAGUGUUUUCCCUUCACUUACAAUGAUUUUUUUUUUACUUACUUCACAGUAAUCUGUUUAACUGUUAACCUUGUCUUGCAUUUCAUUAAUAUGUGUUAUCAAUUUCUCUUUGUGUUGGAUUCACAUUCCUCCCUCAUAUUUGUUCACCAGCCAGCCAACCCCUCCUCCCUCCAUCCAACUGGGUUCAUUGACCUGUGAAUUUCUGAAUUUUGUGCCUCAGCGUUUGUCUCUCUCUCUCUCUCCCGUUGAAAUUUUCCCACAUCUCACACUAUUUACUGUGAAUUUUGGUACCUGUAGUCAUUUUUAACCCGCUUAACAUGUUUAAAACUAUUAUGUCAUUUUGUUUUCCUGAUUGGGAUUUAUUACAUCUUUUAAUGUUGUUAUGAAUGCACAUUGUUUGCAGACACCAAAGGAAUUAAAAAUUCUUCUUACACUG